AGCCAGCUGACAUUAUGCCUCAUGAAUUGUCUUGUUUGAGUUUCGAUGUCACAGUCAUCCAUGUCCGCCGUCGGGAAAGUGAAAUUGUGUCACGCCGCGGAGCUCAUACUAGUUACCUGUAAUAUUUGACAGUAUUUAGCCAGCUAGCGGGUCGGGUCAUUGCUAACCAGCUGUUAGCCUUGAUACGCUGUCGAUAUUCACAGCGGUUCCUGGCUUUAAAGCACCAGUGUGGGCUCAGUCACGGUGUGGCAGCUGUGAACUUUUUGUUAUUACACAGUGGAUAACCGGAGGAGCAGUUUGGCUUAUAUUAAUAAAUGUUUGUCACGGUUACACUAGCACAGUAAAUUUCUUCACUAUAAACGGUUGGUGUGAGGCCUGAGGGGGGGGGGAUUUCCCACCGACACGCCGUGACGUCACGCCGAAAGAGGAGCCAAGCAGUCUGCAGUGACAACAACACAGAGGAGCAGUGAAGCCGUCAGCAUGCAGAGCACCACAAACUACCUGUGGCUCAUAUCAGACCUUCUGGGCCAGGGGGCCACAGCUAACGUAUACCGCGGAAGACACAAGAAAACAGGGGACCUCUAUGCAGUGAAAGUGUUUAACAACCUGAGUUUCCUGCGGCCUCUCGACGUCCAGAUGAGAGAGUUUGAGGUUCUGAAGAAACUCAACCACAAGAACAUUGUCAAGCUCUUUGCUGUGGAGGAGGAGUCCAACACUCGCCACAAGGUCCUGGUGAUGGAGUAUUGCCCCUGUGGAAGUCUCUACACUGUGCUGGAGGAAUCCUCCAAUGCCUAUGGAUUACCGGAGGAUGAGUUCCUUAUUGUUUUGCAGGAUGUGGUGGCAGGGAUGAAUCACCUGAGAGAAUAUGGCAUUGUGCAUCGUGAUAUCAAACCUGGGAACAUCAUGCGAGUGAUUGGAGAGGAUGGCCGAUCGAUAUACAAGCUGACAGACUUUGGUGCUGCCAGAGAGCUGGAGGAUGAUGAACAGUUUGUCUCUCUUUAUGGCACUGAGGAAUACCUGCAUCCUGACAUGUAUGAACGGGCUGUGCUAAGGAAGGACCAUCAGAAGAAAUAUGGCGCCACAGUAGAUCUGUGGAGCAUUGGUGUCACCUUCUACCACGCCGCCACCGGAAGCCUCCCCUUCAGACCAUUUGAAGGCCCGCGCAGGAAUAAGGAAGUGAUGUAUAAGAUCAUCACAGAGAAGCCUUCUGGAACCAUCUCUGGCCAGCAGAAGUUUGAGAAUGGGAAGAUAGAGUGGAGCACAGAAAUGCCUGUAUCCUGCAGCCUGUCCAAAGGUUUACAGAGCCUGCUAACCCCGGUAUUAGCCAACAUCUUGGAAGCCGACCAGGAGAAGUGCUGGGGGUUUGACCAGUUUUUUGCUGAGACCAGUGACAUUCUGCAUCGCACAGUAGUUUAUGUCUUCAGCCUUCAACAGGCCACACUGCACCACGUCUACAUCCAUGAAUACAACACGGCAACACUGUUCCAGGAGCUUCUGUCACGCAGGACAAGCAUUCCCCCCCACAACCAGGAGCUACUGUAUGAGGGCCGGCGCCUGGUACUGGACUCCAACCGCCAGGCCAAGAGCUUCCCUAGGACCUCAAGAGAUAAUCCCAUCAUGCUUGUUAGCCGCGAGUCAGUAACCACUGUUGGACUCAUCUUCGAAGACCCCAGUCCCCCUAAAGUGCAGCCUCGCUAUGACCUGGACUUAGAUGCCAGCUAUGCAAAGACCUUUGCAGGUGAUGUCGGACACUUGUGGAAAACCUCAGAGUCCCUGCUAGUGUAUCAGGAACUUGUACGCAAAGGAGUGCGUGGAUUAAUUGAGCUUAUGAAGGAGGACUACAGUGAGAUCAUGCACAAGAAGUCAGAGGUCAUUCAUCUGUGUAACUACUGCACCCAGAUACUGGAGAAGACAGAACAACUGUUUGGAGUGUUGAUGCAGUCCAACAUGCUGUCUUCAGAGUAUGAUGAGAUCUCAGACAUGCACAAGAAGAUACUGAGAAUCUCCAGCUCCUUGGAGCCCAUUGAGCGAACAACACAGGAUAUCAAGAGCAAGUUCCUGCCAGGCGGGCUAUUGACCGACACCUGGACACAGCAAGUGGGCACACACCCAGAGGACCGCAAUGUGGAGAAAAUCAAAGUGCUGCUGGAUGCCAUCACAGCCAUCUACCAGCAGUUCAAGAAGGACAAAGCAGAGCGGCGUCUACCUUACAACGAGGAACAGAUCCAUAAAUUUGACAAACAGAAGUUGGUGCUCCAUGCCAGUAAGGCCAGAUCUUUGUUCACAGAGGAGUGUGCAAUGAAAUAUCGCCUCUUCAUCUCCAAGAGCGAGGAGUGGAUGAGGAAGGUGCAUCUCGUGAGGAAGCAGCUGCUGACUCUGUCCGGUCAGCUGAUCAGCAUCGAGAAGGACGUCACCAUGCUCAUGGAGAAAGUCAUCAAGCUGCAGGAACAGCUGCCUCAGAAGGUGUCGCCCCUGGUCUCCAGUGGGAUGAAGCCGCAGGCCUACCUGAGUCAGAACACACUGGUGGAGAUGACCCUGGGGAUGAAGAAACUAAAGGAGGAGAUGGAGGGAGUGGUGAAGGAGCUGGCAGAGAACAACCACUUCUUGGAGAGAUUUGGCACGCUGACGCUGGACGGAGGCUUAAGAAAUGUCGACAGAAUCUGAGACAAGCAGCUGCCUGAACUCCAGAGAGGACAAGUCUCCUCCAGAUUGCCAAUGUGUACAUACUCUGUGUGUCUAUGUUGUAAAUACUGUGUCAACCUGUAUAAGAAGUUUGCUUUUGUAUCUACCUGCAGUUCCUGAUUGGGUCAGUAUGAUCUGUUUAUGAAGCUCAGCAGAGGAAGACCAUGCAGAUGUUGGACACUCAACACCAGAGCUCAUUGCAUUACUCUCUUCUUUUCAGUUCCUGGUCGGCUGUGUGGCAGAUGUCAGGUCAGCUUGUCUCAGCUGUCUGAUUCAGAUGCCCUGAGAUGCUCGGAAACAUUCUUUCCAUUAUUUUUGUUACCAAAAGAAUAGAGAUAAAUUGAACACUUUUAUCAAAUUCAAUGUUAAUAUUAUUUAUUAGGCCCAGCAACAAUCAUUAAUCAACUUUUCUGUUAGCUGGUCAUAUAUAUUCUGUACAAACCCAGUUGUUGGUUACCUUGCAGAUUCCUGAUUCCUCAGGUUUCUUGAGCCAGGCAUUUGCAAUGCAGGACAGUGUCUCUUGUGCAGAAAUACCUCUUCAGCCAUCUCUUCAUCAUGUGUUGCUCUAUUAAACCUAACAUUUUUGUUUUGUUAAUAAUCUGCAUUCAAAAUGGAACUUGACUGUUUGAAAAACCUGUAAAUAAAUAUCAUCGAUAAAGUUGCCUGAA